ACUCCGAUCCUAAAAGAAGACGACAGAGAAGAUUCGCAGCGCAGCCAUGACUCAUGUACCCGAAGAUAUUGCCAUCGACAUACUCUUGAGGCUCCCUGUCAAGCCUCUACUGCGUUUCAAGUGUGUAUCAAAAACAUGGUAUUCCCUGAUCUCCGAUCCUUGCUUCAUUAAAUCACAUCUCCAAUUAUCCAAUAACCACAAGAAAUUUGUUGUCAACGGAUCAUCCCUGCGCGGGAACAGGACCAACCAUGCACCAUAUUUCUAUUCUGUUUCAGGAGAAUCUGCACAAGUUAGUGUAUUACCCUUAAGAGACCCUUUUUUGAACAAACACCUGAUUUUGUGUUCUUGUGAUGGCUUGUUACUGCUAACCACUAAUUAUGGAUCAAGAAGGAACCAUCUGAUCUUACGGAACCCUUCAACUAGAGAGUCUCGCCAGUUGCCUAUGGGCGGCCAUCGUUCUCCACCAGCGCGCACCACUCAUUAUCAGUUAUGUUAUGUUUCAUCCACCGAUGACUACAAGGUGAUACAACAUGAAUUUCAUCCGUUGCGGAGAGAUUUCAGAGUCCUUUCUCUGAAAUCAAACUGUUGGCGAAAGGUUAAAGGUUUUAACUACGACUUGAGAUUAAGGAGUUGCAUAAACCUGAAUGGAGCUCUGCACUGGCUGCUACCUGCUAUAUCAGAUCGCAAGAUUGUCAGCUUUUCCUUGGCAGAAGAGACGUUCAUGGAGAUGGGUCUUCCCAGGUUUGAUAUUUCUGCAGGCGAUGUGGUUGUGAUGAACUUGGGUGUCUUGCAAGGCUGCCUUUGUCUGUCUCAGACAGUAGUGACCCCGACCAGAGGUUACAAACCUCGUCCUGCACAUCUUCCUUGGAAUUGGCUUUCGCAUGAAGUCGAAGCUGCUUCUGUGAAUGUUUGGUCAAUGAAAGAAUAUGGGGACACAACCUCUUGGACCAAACUCAUAGCCAUUCCCCAGGUACCUCUGAGGGAUUGUAAGGCAAUUUCACCAGAUUCGCCCUUUCCUUUUCUGGAGGAAGCUGUUUUUACCAUGGAUCAAAGGCUUCAAAAUUCUAUAUUGGUUCCAUAUGAUUUGGAGGAAAAUGAGUUUGAGACUGCUGGCCGGCAGAUGUAUCAGUUGCAGGCAGAACUUGCAUUUGUGGAGAGUUUGGUUUCACCAAAUUGUUAAUUAGGUCAGCUGAUGUCUAGAG